AUGUCGUCUCAUUCAGUAGAGCAGCCGCCGCCCCCGCACAACAACAACAACAACUGCGAGGAAGGUGAACAACCUUUGCCCCCGCCAGCCGGCCUCUGCAGUUCCUGGGUGGAGCUACCCAUGAACAGCAGCAAUGGCAAUGAUAAUGGCAAUGGGAAAAAUGGGGGGCUAGAACAUGUACCGUCCUCAUCCUCUAUCCACAAUGGAGACAUGGAGAAGAUUCUUUUGGAUGCACAACACGAAUCAGGGCAGAGUAGUUCAAGAGCCAGUUCUCACUGUGACAGCCCUUCCCCACAAGAAGAUGGGCAGAUUAUGUUUGAUGUGGAGAUGCACACCAGCAGGGACCACAGCUCUCAGUCAGAAGAAGAAGUUGCAGAAGGAGAGAAAGAAGUUGAUGCGUUGAAGAAAAGCGUUGACUGGGUGUCUGACUGGUCCAGUAGACCUGAAAACAUUCCACCUAAGGAGUUCCACUUCAGACACCCCAAACGCUCUGUCUCUUUAAGCAUGAGGAAAAGUGGGGCCAUGAAGAAAGGGGGUAUUUUCUCCGCAGAAUUCCUUAAGGUGUUCAUUCCGUCUCUCUUCCUCUCUCAUGUUUUGGCUUUGGGCCUAGGCAUCUAUAUCGGAAAGCGACUCAGCACACCUUCUGCCAGCACCUACUGAAGGAAAGAACAGCCCCAGAAAAGCGUGUGACC